ACUCUCUAAAAAAAACAACCUUCGAGAUUUUCUUUCUCUAAAACAAGGUACAACCAUGGGAUUCCCGGUAGGGUACCCGGAGGUUUUGGUCCCAAACCUGUUCCUCCACUUUCUAACCCUUCUCGGCUCUCUCCGUUCCCUUGUUUUCUCCCUCCUCCACCUCCUCCGCCUCUCCGAUUUCCUCGACGCCUACGACGCAGCCGUCUCCUCGCCGGAGUCUCGGCCGGUCAGGCCCCAGGGCCCGACCCUGUCGGCGCUCCUGAUCAGGGAAUUCCUCCCGGUCGUCAGUUUCCUCGACCUCGCCGGAAAAUCGCCGGCGGUGGUGGCGGAGAAUGGCGGCUGCUGCGCAGUGUGCCUGAGCGAGUUUUCCGGGGAGGAAGAAAUCAGGUGCAUGGCGAACUGUAAGCACAUUUUCCACCGGGUGUGUGUGGACCGUUGGAUUGAUCACGAUCAGAAGACGUGUCCUCUUUGUAGGACCCACUUCGUACCUCAUCAUAAGAUGGCGUCCUAUUAUCAACGGCUAUGGACUGCAUCUGGUGUUUCUGAGUUUAAUCAAGAUGACUUCACUGUAUCCCCCUGAGUUUUUAUUUUUAUUUUUUAUUUUAUUUUAUUUUUACUUACGACGAUUUCCUUAUUUAUAACGAGAGAGAAGGGUUAUAAUUAUAUUUUUUUUUGUCUCUUAUACCCCUUAUACUAAUUGUCAGAGGUUAUAAGAUAAAAGAGAUUAUAAUAUAAUCUCUCUCGGGUGAAUUUAUGCCAUCAUAAUCUUCUUCCCAAUCUCUCUUUUCAUAUAAUAUCACAAAUUGAGACUGAACAAUUUAAAUUAUAUAUUUUAGAUAGGUUUUGCUGAAUGUUUAAUAUUUGCCAAAUUAUGUGAGAAGGGGAAUAUUAUGUAAUUGUAUUAAUGUAAUUUAUAUGUACAAAUUUUCAAAAUGGAAUAUUGAAUGAAAGUGACCAGGAGAAUAGGGAUGCACGAACAAACUUUGGAAAAGAAUAGAAGCUCAUGAGUUUUGGUGCAUGACGUGAGAGUCUUGACGGAUUGGUUGUAUUCUUAAUAAUUACAC